AUGAACAGAUGUGUCUUCGCAAAACACGCCAUUUGGCUACAGUAACUUAGUUGCCUCUGUAAUAUUCAAGGUAUCUGAGGUAACUUGUGCUUCAAAAAUAGCUCCCGUUAAUGCCAUUAGGUGAUUGACAUCUAGAGGGGGUUUGAACGCUCUUUGCACCUAAUUUCCGUCAGGUGGGAUCUUUUUAGUGAGCCUCCUUUUGAGCUGCAGCUCAACUCAGAAAAAUCGCCAGUUACUCGAGAAAACCUUGGAACCAAAUCGCCAAUAUGGCGCCCAAAAAGCGGACAGCAGCCUCCAAGGGGAAAGAUGCAAAGCCAGCUGCGGUCGAUAUAGACCCCAAUACAUCCUUCACGCCCGAAAGCUUUGAGAAGGAGCUCAAGGCCCUAGCUGCAAAGGCCCAGACCGAGACAUGGGGAAAUGCAGUGCGCGAACAGGCUUGGGUCUACGUGCGCCCGAUUGCCCUCUUGAGUUUGCUUGCCGUUUACAGCAACGUCUCGCAGCUGUCUCUUUCGCCCGUGUAUGGCGCCAUUCCAUCCUCGCUGUACCAUAGCAGCCUCGUCAUCGCGUCCUGCUUCGUGGGCUGGUCGGCGAACUUGCUGUUGCAGCGCGCUCUGCCGCGCAAGGUCAAGCUGGUUCACCUGGUCCCGAUCGUUGCUCUCUACAUCCCCAUGACGCAGCAUUUGUUAUUCAAGUACAGUAACGUUUUCGGCGCGCGCUACGGACCGCUCGUGACCGAGCUGCUCACGCUCUCCCCCCUCAUUGUCGUGGUGGUUGCCUGCUGCGCGACCUACCUCGAGGGAGCCGACUUCAGCCUACUCCCCAAAUGGCUGGCUGAUCCGGCCCCGGGCGCACUGUCCUGGUCGGUCUACCGCGGUAUGGAGGUCCUGUCGGGACACUGGCUGCAGAACAACAUCGGCCAGACGUUUGUCGCGACCCGCAUGGGGGCUCAGAUGGUUCUGGGAGGUCUCUUUACCAUGCUUGCGCCGUCAAAGCUCCUCCUGCUUGCCAUCCCCGGCCUGCUACACACAGUCACACUGAACCCCCACGUCAUGACGCCGUAUGCAAUGGAUCGCCUCAACGGUACGCUGCAGACGCAGAACUGGACCAUCAUCGACAGGAAGGAAUCCCUGACGGGUUACAUCUCUGUUAUUGAGAACAAGGAGAUGGGAUUCCGGGUCAUGCGUUGCGACCACAGCUUGUUGGGUGGUGAGUGGGUGCGUUACGGUCGCAAAAUCGUGUCGGAGCCAGUCUAUGGCAUUUUUGUGAUGCUGGAGGCUGUCAGACUUGUCAAGAGGGAGGUUCCUGUGCCAGACAAGGACGCAAAGGCGCUGAUAGUUGGCAUGGGCAUUGGCACCACACCGUCUGCUUUGAUUGCACAUGGUAUCGACACCACGGUUGUUGAAAUCGACCCUACGGUAUAUGAGUUCGCCGCAAAGCACUUCCAUCUUCUGCCAAACCAUACUCCGGUCAUUGAGGAUGCAGUUGCAUACGCCAAGCUGUUGGCGAGCAGCUCAGACAAGCGCUUCGACUACAUUGUGAAUGAUGUCUUCACGGGAGGUGCAGAGCCUGUCGAGCUUUUUACGCUCGAGUUUCUCCAAGAUCUGCGCACGCUCCUCAACCCAGACGGUGUGAUUGCCAUCAACUACGCCGGUGACUUUGCUCUGCCGCCGCCACGCAUCGUUCUCAACACCAUCAAACAAGUGUUUCCCAGCUCGUGCCGCAUGUACCGGGAGCACGCGCGCAACGAGACCGAGGUCGCCGAGACCAAAGUCGACUUUACAAACAUGGUCAUCUUCUGCCGAAAGACCGAGACGCCGGCGCCUUUGACCUUCCGCACGGCAACCGAGAAGGAUGUGCUGGACAGUGCGUCGCGGGUCCAUUUCUUGCUGCCAAAGCACGAGGUUCUGGAGAGUGAGUUUCUUUCCAACGACACUUCGAUAUUGAGGAGGAACGACACCAAGAUUCUGGAAAAGUGGCACAAGAAGAGCGCGAUGGGCCACUGGGAUGUGAUGCGGACGGUCGUGCCGCCGCCUAUUUGGGAGAACUGGUGAGAAUGAUGCGGUUUGUGUCUCUUUUUUUCUUUUUUUGGAGCUCGUGGGCGCGACAAAUCAUAUCUUUGCAGUCUAUACCAGGUUAUGUAUAUUUCUAUUUUGUCUUUGUAAAAAGUUGUAGCUUUCAUUCAGAUCAGUUCUCUUAUGCGGCACAUGGGCGACACAAAUAGACAGUAAGAGACACUAAAUGGCACCAGGAAGAAAUCCAUCCUUAUUGCACUCAUCUAUCGUAGACUUUUACCCAAACAAGAAAAAAAGACCG